UCACUCAAUUGCCAGUGAAGAAGCGUUGACGUCAGGCGGAAGUAAGCAUCGUAUUAAAAACAAAACACGAAGCUUUCAAACCACACAGAAAAGUGUUCUUACUGAGCCCUGGAUAUUUUUUUUGACAUCUAAUCAACGCAUGGGGAGAAGAUCAAACGACCAUUUUCCUGCCAAGAACAGUUUUUAGUUGUGGUAGUCAGGCGAUAGUAGAUACUAGUAGUAGAUGAUUUCAUGUUCCAACGAUGAAAAACGACAUAAUGGCCACUUCACUCCAGACUAGUGUAACGGCGUAACGCCCCCUCAAAAACAAAGCAAACAAAAAAAGACAGUCCAGUCAUUCAGGUGAUGCGUUAUCGUGUAUUUUCAAUCUGGUCCGCAUCAGAUCGUCCAGGAUUCGUUCUAGGAACAACCGUGCUGGUUGCACUUAUCUUGUUGGUGUAUGCUGCAGGGCCCCAAGCAAGUCUCAGUUUAGGUCCAGGUGGACACUUUCCACGUUUCAGAGAUGUGUUCCUGUACGCUCUCAAUCAUGACGAUUUGCCUUCUCUGCUGGUCGACGUUGUUAUGCUGCUCUUGUUUGGACCAUGUCAGGAGCGACGCUGGGGCACAGUCGCCUACGUGGCCCUCUCCACCCUGACAAUGGCAAUAUUACCUCUCAUUUACACCUUGGUCAUCUUUGUCUUCAGCCUUGAGGCCAGUCGGGUCGGUGGCUAUGCUGCCAUUCAUCUGGCAUUGUUUACAGCCCAGUGCCGUCACUUGACAAAGCGACGGCUGCAAGGCUGUUUGCCAGUUUGGACUCUACCCUGGUUGCUGUUGCUGCUUUGUCUGAUCGUGCUGCCCGGGACACCUGCCCUGCUUAAUUUCUGUGCCAUAUGCAUUGGUCAUAACUAUAGUCACGGUUUCAUUGGGAUGCUUCAGGAGCUGGAGGAAGCCAAUGUCCUGACCUUCAUUCCCGCUUCAGUGUAUAUUCCCACUUCAUCCAGACUAAGAUUGCCAACCUACAGCUCCUCACAGACGUCGAGAUCAGUGUCUCAGUUUGUACAUGGAGAUCGUGCAGCGCCACCUCCCAUGAGGGACCCCUUGACAUCGAACCACCACCGCUGGGAGGAGCCCCCGUCUGCCUGGAGGCAAGAGUCUGAAGCAGAGGUGUUGGAAGAACAGAUGCUGAGGGCCGGAAUACUUGCGUCCUUACAGGAUGCCCCAGAGGAAGUGAAUGGGAAAGUCGAAGUGCCAAAAUCAUCUGUUUCUGCACUGAGACUCCAGCAGCUGGAGAAGAUGGGCUUUCCCACAGAAAAAGCUGUGGUGGCGCUCGCAGCCUCAAAAGAGCUAGGUGGCGCUAUCUCCUUGCUCAUAGAUGACCGUGUUGGACAGCACGCUGUGGUUACAGCCACGGGGAAGAAGACCACGCCAUCCAAAGGCCCAGAGGGCCAGCAGAGCGGUGGGUGAGGAUGUCUCAUCGUUACCUGGCCAGAUGAUAGCCUCCAGCAGCGUCACCCUACGAGCCAGAAGCUCAAGAUCAGCCUGCAAGUCGCGGAACGUCUGCGAGCUAAAGUCCUAUCAGAGAGCAGUGACAGGGGGGUGCUGUGUGAGGGGGUGUGGAAACACCAGCCUGCGUCCUGGGGGCUGCUCGUGACUGUUCCCACUCCCUGUCCCGGUAGCAAGCGGUGCAGUGGGAAUUUGAGCCCCCUACCUUGACCCCUGCCUUAAACUGACCCUGCCUCAGGCCUCCUACUCACCAUGAAUACCGAUCAUAGUCUCGAGGAUUAAAACCCUCUCAGCUAAGAUCUUCAGCGCCUCUCUGAUCUGAUGUAUUCCGUCCCCCUGUGAAGAUAGAUACAGCCGUCAUGGUUAGGAGCGCAAGCUUAAGAACUGCUCGCCAAGAUGCAGGUCAUUUUUACCCCCCUCAGUACAGUUCAGAAGUUAGAAGGUUAAACAGUCCACACAUCUGUCCAGCAUUGUCUGCUUCCUACGUGUCGCUGCAUCUCCCUCAUUCUCUGGCCAUGCUGCUACAGUAUGACGCCAGUGUCUGCCAUGCUGGGCUGGACAACAGCAGCAUGCACGUCACAGCUGUCACACGUUUGACACACCUGGACCAAACUCUUCCAGGAUUUAGAUGUGCUCAUGCUACGUGUGCAUUAUUGUGUCUUUCUGCAACGCAGUCAGGAAAGGAUUUUCAGCACCACUGCAUAUUUGAUAUUAUCGUGGUCAUAAAAUCACCAUCUGGCUGAGAGAUGCCAGUAUGCUCUGCAUACUCUGCAUUCACUGGAUACUUCAUUAGGUACACAAAGAUAAUAAGAUAAGAAUUGAUCCCAUUAUCCUUUCUUAUAUCCCCACACAAUUAUAUAAUUUAUUAUAUAAAUUAUAAUAAGAUUUUCAUAUAUGUACAGUAUAGUAAAUCCCCGCUAUAUCGCAGUUCACGCUUCGCGGUCCCGCUAUAUUGUGGAUUUACAGUUGUUACUCUAUUUGUUUAUCCUGUGUACAAAAUCUUUGCGUGAUCCAUUGCUCUUGCUCUCUCUACAUAUUAUAUAAUAGACAGUAUUGUAUGUGUUUAUCAUUUUCAAAAGUGUGUUUAAAGACCUAAAAAAAAAAAAAUGUCAAGUGCUGUAAAUGUUUGUUGUAAUAGCUCUUCAGUUUGCAGUGUGCAGGGAGUAUGCAAGAGUACCGAAGAGAGUGUCCAGUAUGUGUACAUUAAAAUUUUGUCAGACACUUUUUGGGUUUAAACGUAAGGCAAUGGUUUUGUGAGUUACUUUAAAACUUAAUUCAUCAUCACAAAAAGAAGGCAUGCAAAUGGGAGGUUGCAUGGUUAAAAUGUUCGGAUUAGUAAGACAGAAAUGGCAAAGGUUUAUGUUUGUUGGCAAAGUAAAAAACCUUCAGCCAAUGCAGACUGACUAAUUUAAAGCAGAAACAAAUGUAGUAUAAUGUGGGGGAACUUUGCCUAAUUUCAAUGUAGCAGCCUUGUUAUGCGCUUGUUAAUAUCGACAUGCAGAAAAUGAGUCUUUUGCAAGAUGGGAUAAAAGAGGGUAGCUGUAUCCACUCCACAACACCUCUGAACCCAACAGAAUCCACGACUGACACAUAAAUGGAAUGAUUUGGCAUAUGCAUCUCAUGCAUUUACUUUCAUUUGUUACACCAACCAUGAUUGAUUCUUAAGAGAGAAGACGAUCAAUUUAGAAGAUCAUGAAUUUAGUCAAUGUACUCAAGGAUUCAGCCUUCUCCUCUCUGUCUUGGUUGUUGUGUAUUCUUGCAACAGGAUUGAUGGUGGUGAUGCUAUUUUGACAUAUAUGCCAAAGUCAGAUGCUGCCAAAGUGACUGUGAAAGGUAGCCAUAGCUUGCAGAGGGAGUCAAGACAGCUUCAGGGUCAAGAGGACAGUGUCAUGACGGGGGGCCGCAGUCCGGAGCGCACCCCGAGGACCAACAACACAAAAACGCAUAAAGACUGACUUUCCCCACACACAAACGCAUACGGUUCACCAGCUGAAAUCACAUGUACAAAAAAAAAAAAAACACAUGGUGGGUGAGAAGACAAGAAAACAUCUAGCCUAUACACUUAUCCUGAAUAGAAAAUAUCUUACAUUUAGAUUGCUCUUGUAAAAUGAAAAAGAGGUCAAAGAAAAAGAAGGAUUAGACAGACAGAGGAAAUAUAAUACUUAACAAGGGGAUUUUAAAAUAGUUCUUAAAAGCAAAAACCGGGCUUUUUUUUCCCAACUAAAUGUGCUUGUACGCGACCACUAAAUGAGCUACUUCCUCACCGGUAAGCCCUUCUCUCCAGACUCUCCUUUGGGACCCGGUGAGCCCUGAAAAAGAAUUGUACAACAGAGUGUGACUUAACGACAAUGAAAUAGUUUCAUUACGUUUCAAAGAGACAAUUAUCACGAUCCUCAUAAUCCUUAAAAACGGAGGUUAGGGUUGGGGUUGGCUUACCGGCUCGCCCCUGAAGCCCCUAUCUCCCGGGUAACCUGAUGGACCCUGAAUCCAAAAUGUAGCACACCGUUUUGUUUCAGCAUGAAGGAUGAACAAACAGAAAAGCUGCUGAAUAGAAUCACUGGUACUUAACUCUUUCCCCACGCUCUCCCUUUGGCCCCAUAGGACCCUGUGUUCCAGGUGUGCCAGGUUUACCCUGUCAAUAUAAACAGCCAAAGUUACAACAACUCCUUUUCUAAUUUGGUGUCUGUCAGCAAGCUUACGUUCUGGCCCUGUGGGCCAGGAGGUCCUGCUGGGCCUUUUGGACCUGUGGGACCUGAAAAAAAAUUGGACAUCAAGCAUGAAAUUUCCCUGAGUCAAUAUUAAAACACAAAUGCAGUUCUUUAGGUACAUUUGUACAAAGAUGCUCGGUUUACGUUGACUGUUUCAAAGAGCUGUGUCUGUAUCAAUAUGUUUAUUAUUGUGGCUGUGUAGAACAGCACCGGAUCAUAAUGAACAGUUUCUAAUAUUUUGGUUACAUUAGAGCUACAUGAGCUGGAUGAUUGUGCAGGUGUAACUAAUGUCAUGGCUGCUGAGUGUUCAAUAAAUUCUUUCUUGGAUGA